AUGUCUCUCCACAUGAGCAGGUCCUCGCUCACCUCGGAUAACGAUGACGAGCCAUUUUACUUUACACCAGCAUACAAGCCAGAAGACCUCAUUUGUGAGGGUUCUGAUUCCGAGGCGAAUCCAAGAGCAAUAAUCAAAAAACGACAGCAAUACGAACAAUGUGCGGAAAGGGUGGAUCGUGGACAACUGCCAAUCAUACAAUCUGCGCAACUAAGGGGACCUCUCAACGAAAAGGAGGAUGUUAUGCGAAGAGCUAGGGAGCAUGGCAGAAAUGAUAUGAGUCCCACAGAAGCACUUGCAUGGUGUCGACGAGACGCUAAACGACAAGCAAAAGAAAUGGAAAUGAAUGACUAUAUGGAAACGGGGAGUGAGCCCUCGAGUGGCCCAAAUAGAACGCUGGUGGAUGAGACCAUACACGAAGAUAUAACUAUGGGAAAAGAAGGUAGGAUGGCUGAAGGCAAACCAAUAAUCAGGCCAUCAUUACUACAGGUUCCAAAAUCAUCAAUUCCUACACCUGGGCAACUAAGGGGCUCUGAAGAUGCACCAAUCACGGGAAGCUCGAUUUUGAAUAAAGAUGGUUAUGGUAGACGGUCUGAAACAUGGACUGCUGUCAAGAGACCUAUGGAGGUAGCUUGGUUGAAAGGUUCUCAUGUCUCGAAACGAGCUCGCUGGGAAGACCCAGCAGUUUCAUCGCCGACUCCAUUACCUCAUGUAGACAGUGAGAAACUCCAACAAAAGGCUACAGGCACUACAACUGUUAUACAGAAGCGGACUCAGCAUGCAAUUCAUCCGCAAUCCGAUUUUUUUCCAGAGGCCAAACAACAAAGGCUAGCUACCCCAGAGAGCUAUGCAUCUUUGCAGCAACCAAGUAACGACGCAUUUGAUACAGAAGUAUCGUUUCACACUAAUAUUGGACAACAAGGACAGCAACUGCGCAGCUCUUCCAUCUUGGAAUCCUGUAGCAAAUAUCCUCAUAUGUACGAGAACUCGCCUGGGCUCAGCUCUCCUGUACCAUUUGAAAGCCCAGAUAGCAAAGAAGCUUGCGCCCGGCAGCCUUCGCCAACAAAAUCGGACACUUCUCCGCGACUCCCCUCACAUCCGAGAAUUGGUGCGGUACUUCAUGAAAAUCAGCAAACUCCUGGAAAUAUCAGUUUUGUCACUGAUGUUGCACCCUCUUCUGUCAACCUAGAGCAAUUUCAGUUUCGAAAGAAGUCUAAACGCAAGACUGUUUCCCCAGAAGUCCCCAGUCAGCCCAUAACUGUUAGAGGAGAAGGUAGCGAAGUGUCAUUAUCUGAGGAAAAUAGGUCCAACCCGAACCCUCAGAGCGAUGCAAUGCUCUCGACCCCCUUGGUUCUACACUCAACCGAGAAGGCGGAAGCAACCUCAGUGUCUCCGCCGAAGCGGAUAAACUCUUCAAGAUCGAAAGGUUCAUCUCGUAGAACUUCUCGGGCCGAUGAAAGUUGGCUUACUACACAAGAAGAAGUUCGACUUACUCCAUCGACAAUGCAUUCUGAUAAAACAAUUAGAGGAGAAUAUCGUCCACAAAACGAAGAUAUUGACGAUAGCUGGGUUACAACACAAGAUGAUUUGAAUCAUGCUCCAAAAUCAUCCGCUUCAAUGGACAUCACGCAGAUCUAUCAAAGUUCAAUUUUUUUGAGACGGUCAGUUCCUCUUGAGCAUACAGAGGCUCCCAUGUUUGGGGACUACGAGUAUAAAAGUAGUCUACAAUCAUCGCGCCUUGGAAAUCCCUCUCCUGCUCGAUCUACACGCCCUGUCUCAACAUCAUCACCCCAUUUACCGACUCUCUCCAAAAUUUCCAGUCAAAUCGAUUUACCGACACCUUACAAAAGCCUCGAUGGGUCGAGUACACAAUCGUACAUUACCAGUCCCGCCAAGUCAAUAAUGAAUACCUAUGAAUCUUCACAAGCCCCCGAUCCGACACAAAAUUUGGAGGACAAUCAGCAAUCUCCUCAUGUCAUCGUAACUACACUUAAUUCAGAAGUCAGUGGAAUCACCCGGGAGGACAAUCUUCAAUAUAGCACCUUGGAACGUGUCCAGAGAUUGGAUGCCAAUAAAGAAGUCGAGAAAGAAGGAGUCGCUUCGGCAAUUAAUAUUGCGCAUGAGAGUGAGCAGAUUAAGGAGGUUACCGAGCUGCAAGCUAACCAAGUAUCUAAUAUUGAUGUAAUAGCUGCUUCUGAAAAAAUUCAAGAUGAAGGAGAUAUGCAAGGUGUGGCUCAGGAUAUGCCGGAAGAGGUGCAGGAAGCUAUGCGGACGGAGGCCGAUGCCGAUGACGCCCUAAAUUCGGUUCUUUCUAGCGGCCAAACAUCAACGUCAUCAUCACCCGCACGAACAAACAACCUCACAUCAUCUCAAAAAACCAGGAGCAUUAACCAAAAUUCCAAAAGCAUUAUGUCGGACCAAUUUGCGUCCUUGAUACCUAGUGGAGAUGAAGUCCACUCACCAGCUAGCAACCAUGAUCUUACUGAAUCUCUAGCUGUUGGGGAAGAUGUUGUAGUUAUUCCUCCCGAAGAUAAUGAGCCCGUCAAAGCUCCUAUCUUCAGUCUACGGUCUGAAGAUCAAAUGAUUGUUCAAAAUGACAGCCCACAGAGUCCCUGGGCACAAGCUGAAGUGGGACUGAUAAUUGCACCUCAAUUACUUGCAACUACUGAAAUUAUCGAACCACAGACUAAUGCCGAGUUUCCAAAUUCUGGUUGGCAAAGAGAAGAGCGCCCAGUCACGCCAGAUAAUGAUAUUAUUCGACCUUUCCGUGAUCUCAUGACACCAAGUCCUCCACCAGAAGAACCAAAUACACCAGAAAUCGACCAGCGGCCAUCAAACACACAGCUUCUCGUAGAAGCCGCUACACUAAAUCCAUGGGUAAAUGACUCCAAGAAGAAGAGUGCGAAGCGCAAGCGAGUAUCAUUCGGACUAUUGGAUGAAGAAGACCCAUCUCAAUCUCAAUGUAACUCGCAGCGUCAACGCCGGUCACCGUCUCCGGAAAGCUCAUAUCGCCCAGGGGAUCUCGGAAGUAAAAGGGCUGAGUUUGACGACAACAUCACAAAUAUUGACAGCUUCCAAAACCACUUCUCCGCAAUUCGUAGAAAAUCUGUGGGUGAUAGUACACCGAGAUUUAAUAGCACCAUUCAGCGCCCUUCUUCGAUUGCAAAGUACAAGAGCACCCUUUCGGGUGCGACCAACCUGGUUGCCAGUAGCCCGGCAAUUGAUGCAAUGGCAGAAGCCUUCAUCUCAGCUGAUCGCCAUUCUUCACGAGAGCGAGAACGUCGUCUCACAUUAAGUCCUUCACGCAGCCGGAAAGCAAGGAGUCAAAGUUACACAACUUUUGAGGAUGUAGACGAAGGUGAUUUGGGAAGCCAAGUGUCAAAUUCUUGUUUAUCUACACAUACAGCUCUGAAUGAAACUUCUAGUAAUGCUAAAUUGGGAGACCACAUAUUGGGAGAUUUUCUGAAUGAAGCGGAAGAUUUCUUAGGGGGGGGUUGGUCGGUAGAGGGGGAGAUGAAUAAAGCUAGCACGGAUUUUGAAUUGGCAACUCCGAAACGGGAUAAUGGUUUACAUUCACGAGGCAUUUUUUCUGUUGAGAAGAUAUGGACAUGA